AUGCACAUAAGCAUCAUGACAAAGUUGGGCAUGGUCAGCUCCAAGCAAUUCGUUAGCGUGGAGAUCGAGGCUUCCUGGUUGUCAGACUGUGAGCUUGGGACUUUCAAUAUAGCUGUUGUCUCGGAUAGCCUUCUUGAGCCACUUGGCGUUGAUCUUCUUGUGGGUAAGAAGGUAAUCAGGCGACUUCAAUGUAAAGGUGGACUGCCAAAAGAAAGUUACUGCUACUUGGGCAUCGGCGCUGCUGAGACAUCCCCAAGACCAAGAACGUCUCCAUCCCUUGGGGACAUACCAGGUCUCGUGUCAGGAAAUGGGGUUUGGAUGACACAGGCUAAAAGUGCCGCCGAUUGUCUUCAGCCUGUUAUCGAGCCGCAGUCUCCAUUUACGCAAAGCAAUAGCGGUCUGACUUAUAACAUCUCGACCAGCGACCUUCCGCGCUCAACUGUUUUAACUUCCCUUUCUGGAUCAAUCCCCAUCCAGUCACCCGUAACGGAUGCCGUGGCCUGCCAAUGGUACGAAAGCCAAUACGGGCCUAGUCAGGAUAACUAUGUCAGCCAAGGGAGAGUUGAAACAACUCCUACUACUCAGUUGUCUAGCGAUGAUCACGCGGCACAAAACGUCUUUUCUACCUCGACAGGCUGCUCUAACAGCUACAGUGCUGGCCAAGGCUCCUUCACACCCUAUACAGCAGCAACACAUGAUGUUUCGCCGGCUAUUCGUCACAUUGAAACUGAGUAUCACGACAAAUUCACUCAGGCCCAGGGUCAUCAGUUGGAUGAGAUACAAGCUGGAACUCGCGCAUUCCCACACCGAUCUCAGCCUUCUUUCACAUGCGCCAACGCAGACGUCACUUCAGUUUCCGGAACCUGGGAAAACUUCAUUUCAGAGGACUCCCCUUCAAUAUUUCAAGGCAUGACUAAUUGGAGCUUUAUGCCGGAAGAAAUUACACGCGAUACUCUGUUAACGUCUCAAUCGCAUGUUACGGCCUUGCCGGUGCCUUCAAUACGCCUGGACACAUCCAUGUCAUCAUCUCGCACAGGAUCUGGAUCAAGUUAUCUGGAAUCUAGCAACAACGAUCCGGGAUAUUCCCACCAAUGCUAUGAGGGUGAAUUUUAA